AUGGCUCCGUGGCCUGGGGGAGGAGGAGGAGGAGGAGGAGGCGGUGGCGGCUCGCACCGCCCGGCGGAACCCACAUUACCCGCACCCGCACCCGCGCCGGGCUUUGGCCGAGACCAGCACUUGACGCCUCGCCACGGGCGUGACAGGCCCACCGUCGGGCGAUACAGAAGCGCCUCCCGGGUUUCGGAAAUCGAUGCGUGGGAUAACAUGCAAAACCACCAGCUCCAAAACGAUUCUAGCUCGGAUGAGGAUCUCCACCCCCGGCCCCGCCAUACCCGCUCCGUGAGCCAUCCGUUUCCCUCGCUGUUUUCGGGCAGGAAGAAGAAGCGAUCCGCUACCAUGGCCGGCGCCGAAGAGUCUGGGUCUGAUUCUACUGGUGAGGGACUCGGUAUCAAGGGGAAUCAGCCUCCGGUGCGUGGGCAUCGGAAUGGUUCUUCGGCGGGGAGCAGGGACUUCACGACGGGGCGUUGUAUGACGUGCGGGUCGCUGGUGCGCUGGCCGAAGGAGCUGCAGAUGUUCAGGUGUACGAUUUGCCUGACUAUCAACGAUGUAUCACCUGUGGACCGUGAUGUCAGGAGGGAGGACCCCCAGGAGGUGGCAGUGACGUUCGAGGAGCAGCCUGCACCGAGAGACAAAACAAUAUCUCUCGGGUAUACCAAGGUUUUAGUCGACCAGUGCCUUCGUGCAUUUCUGACUUCGGCUUUGAAGAAGCAGACUGGUGGCGCUGCCCCUGGUAGGGAGUCUCCCGUCAAGCCGUCAUUUCUUACACCCGAUUAUGCCAGGGUGCCCACGCCAUCCACCGCCGCCCCUCCGUCCCUGCGGCCCAAGACUUCUCUGAACUUUGAGCCACGUUUAGGCCCUGGUCCACCCAGAAGCCCAGCUCUGCACCGCCGUGCCCCCAGCUGGGCUGGCACUACUACAUCAAGAAUGUAUUCCACGUCCCCAGAAAAACGGUCUCCCCUCCACAACCCCAUGCCACCGGGACCUGGGGUCCGCCCGCGCCAUCCGCCCCCAAGUCCGGGGGAGGAGACUAGGAGGGUAUUCAAGUCGCUCGAAGACUAUAUUGUCCAGUGCUUCACUACGUUUCAGUGUCUAAACACAUCUUUCUUAAUUCCUCGAGUCCAGCCCCAUAGCAGUCACGGGGCCGAGAGUAGACCCCGUCGUCCUUCCGAGCACACCGGCGCUCGUCGAGAAAGUCGGAGCACCAGCUACCCCGUCCCCGACCUGGACCCCAAGCUCUUGCUCGUGGGCGAUUUUGCCGAGAACGGUACAUGGUGGAUCGGACACGAAGAAGCACCGGUGAGAACACCGUCCGGCAGGAGCCAGAGUGGCCCCUCGAUCGUCAGCCCGAGGAAUCCGUACAUGGACUGGGCGGCGCUUGAGGAGUGGUACAGGACGGCCAUCGAGCCGGCACGGGCUUGGUCAGCUGUCUAUGAGAGUUUGGUGGCCGAAGACCCAGCUCUUGCCGUACCUCCUGCUGCGCUGCAGGACAUCGAGAAACAACUUCUCGCCGGACAAGAACAUGUCCAUAGGGCGCUUCUGAAAGCCUCCGAGUCCAUUCUCAAACGCCCCGGGCGGCCCCUCACCGUGCCCCGGGAUCUCAGGUUCCUGCUCAUCAUCACAGCGAACCCCCUUCUACACGCCUCCUACAAACCGUAUGCUGGUGUAUAUCAACCAACGAGCCCCUUGCCAACACCAAGCAGCGUUUCCCCUCGAGGUUCUGGGCCCGCGUCAGGCCGGCAUUCCGUCAUCAUCAAACGUAUUAUGGGGCUCAUGUCCAACACACCCGCCGAGUGCCACAACCAUCUCGUGGCCUGGUUCGCCAGGUAUUCCGAGCCGUUGUUCGUGCAGACAAAGGAUUUGGUUUCCGGCUUCCUCGCCUACCGUUUGAUCCGGCAGAACGAGAAGAGACACGAGAGCCAGGUUGACUACAUGGGCGGUCUCAUCCCCAACAUGGGGCCCAGCCAUUCCCCGGCCGCGCUCCACGCCGCGCUGGGACACUCGCAGCGAGCCAAGAAGCAACAGGAGAAGAAGAAGCAGGUCGUCUACCAGGAAGACUGGCAGAUCAAAGCCACCGCGCAGGUCCUCGGCUUCCUGUUCGCCGCCAACAACAUGGGCCACGCCCACCGCGGGCUGGCCAACCGGCCCGACAGCCCCGGCAACAGGCACCGCGAGAUUGUCCACGCGCCGGGCCAGAUACUCGCUACGAGUGAUUUCUACAUGACGCUGCUCGACGACGCGGACCUGGUGGGCGAGUUCGAGGCGUGGGAGCGCAGACAGGGUCGCUUCUCCUUCUGCCAACACCCGUUCCUCUUGAGCAUCGGGGCUAAGAUUCAGAUCCUUGAGCAUGAUGCUAGGCGGCAAAUGUCGAAUAAGGCGAGGGAUGCCUUUUUCGAUAGCAUCCUGACCAACAGGGUGGUGCAGCAGUUUUUUGUUUUGAAUAUCCGCCGUGAGUGUCUCGUGGAUGACAGCUUGAAGGCCGUCAGCGAGGUGAUUGGGAGCGGCGGGGAGGAUAUCAAGAAGAAGCUCAAGAUCGUUUUCAAGGGCGAGGAGGGUGUCGAUGCAGGGGGGCUGCGGAAGGAGUGGUUUCUGCUCCUGGUGCGGGAGGUGUUUAACCCCGACCACGGAGAUGCCCCUCCCAACCUUAGCCUUCCGCAGACUCCUCGCCGGCCGCCCCCGCUGCCCCCCUAUACCCCAACAACAACCCACACCACCACCCACCCCCGCCCCCCCAUGACCUACACCCUCGACGACCUCGCCGAGUACCGCCCCCACCCUCGCGCGCGGGGCUCCGCCAACUCCUCGACUACGACGGCGACGUCGAGGAGACCUUCGGGCUGGUAUUUGCCGUCGACGCCGCGCGCUACGUGCGCCGUCGACCGCGCCCCACUCUGCCCCGCGCGGCGACCGCCGCGCCGUCACCAAUGCCAACCCGCCGCGACCGAAGAAGAAGAAGAAGAGCCCACCAUCCGCUGGUUCUGGGAAGCCUUCCAGACCGCCCCGGCACGCGACCAGCGGCGCCUACUGGCCUUCAUCACGGGCAGUGACCGGCUCCCCGCGCUGGGGGCGGCGUCGCUGGCCAUACGUGUGGCGUGUCUCGGCGACGAGUGUGGGCGCUUCCCCACCGCGCGCACCUGCUUCAACUCGGUCGGCUUGUGGCGGGCGACGGACCGCGAGAGGUUUGUGGAGGUGCUGUGGAGGGCGGUGGGGGAGAGUGAGGGGUUUGGGUUGAAGUAG